AUGGCUGCGGAACCUGAAAGCGGCCCGGCAUCAUGCAAAGUCGUCCUAGCUGCCUCUGUUGCCCGCGGGCUGCUGGCCGAAGUCACAGAGGGGCGAAAAGCACUGGAUAAACCACCCCACCUCGUUGGAUUCCUUGCAAAUACUGACCCUGCGGCGCGGAUGUAUGCGAAUUGGACGGAGAAGACAUGUAAAGAGAAUGGAUUCCGCUAUACCUGUCGAGAAGUAAGCAAAGAUGAAAUCGAGGACGCUAUCAUUGCCGCAAACUCCGACGACGAUGUAGACGGUAUAAUGGUAUACUACCCUAUCUUCAACAACCGGCAAGACCAAUACCUGCAGCAAAUCGUCGACAUAAGUAAAGACGUCGAGGGCCUGAGCCACAGAUACAUCUUCAACAUGUACCAGAACAUACGCUUCCUGGAUAGCGCUCAGCAGCAAAAGUCCAUAUUACCAUGCACGCCGCUUGCGGUUAUCAAAAUCCUCGAAUACCUGCAGAUAUACAACACUAUACUACCGUACGGGAACAGGCUGUUCGGCCAUACGAUUUGUGUAAUUAAUCGGUCUGAGGUUGUAGGGAGACCGCUUGCCGCGUUGCUGGCGAAUGAUGGUGCCCUGGUGUAUAGUGUUGAUAUCACUGGUGUACAGAAGUUUACUCGCGGAGAAGGGCUCAAGAAGCGCAGACAUGAGGUUGAGGAUAUGGAUGGGUGGACGUUGAAGGAUGCUGUGCCGCAUUGUGAUGUGGUUGUUUCUGGUGUUCCGGGAGAAGCAUUCAAGUUUGACGAGAGUUUGCUAAGACCCGGCGCCGUUUGUAUAAAUUUCUCCAGUGAGAAGAAUUUCACUCCAGCUGUUAAGGAGAAGGCAUCGAUAUAUGUUCCGGCAAUUGGAAAAGUCACUAUUGUGGUUCUUCUGCGAAACCUACUGAGACUGGCUCAGAACCGCAAACCAGAAGGUGGCCAUCCAGCAGACGCUGUUGAGAAGCCUGGUACUCUCGAAGGCACUACGAACUCGUCAAGCUGA